AUGCAGACCGGUGCCGUUGUCGUGAUAACGCUGGCGGCUCUUUUCUUGGCAUAUAUGUUUUCUGUCGGGUCCUUCUCCAAAAGCAUCGCUCCCACCGCUGACUUGCAAACCUCGUCCCAGAAUCGCAAGGUGGGUGCAUUUGGCUCUGAAUCUACAGAGGUAACGGAAUCCACGGUUGACGACGAGCCGGUGCUGCCGCGGUUGACGCCGGUACGCGUGUCAUCUCGUAGCCACGCCGAGGAUCACUCCUCAGAUUCCGACGCGGAGGAAAAUUCUUCGCUAGAGAAACAGAGCAAAGCAUCCGCGGUUGAGAAGGAAACGCUGGAUUUGGAGCUAACCGUUGAGCGCGAUGCGACGACGGACGUCGUGACGCAAGAGCAGGAGAGUAAGCAGGAGAAGCAGAUGGAGGAGGAGGCGAGUGAAGCAGCCGAUGAGUCCAAUUCCGCUGAGAAGAAGAGUGAAGAGGAAUCCAGCGCCGAAAGCGACUCGGAUUCCACAGAGGGCACUGAAGAUGGCGGCAAGGAUGAAACCAGCAACCCUCCGAGAGAGGAUGAAGCUGAGCAGACUAACAGCGAGACUAAUGACGAGGAGAGCGAGCCGCAAGAGGAGAAAGUUGAUGAGAUUGAGACUCAAGAGGAGGAGAAGACGAGCAAGAAAUCGAAGUCAAAGAAGGCAAAAAAGGAAAAGAAGACCAAAAAGGUCAAGAAGUCUAAGAAACAUUCCAGCGAUGAAGACGAGUCCACGGACGAUCAGCAAAUCGACGCGUUUCCGGUGUGCGACCCGGAGCUGUCGGAGGUGAUUCCGUGCCUGGACCACAACAUCCACAAGAAGAUGAAGCUGCACCUCAGUACAAGCCUCAUGGAGCACUACGAGCGCCACUGCCCCCCCUCCAACCUCCGCGUGCGCUGCCUUGUGCCGCCGCCCUCCGACUACAAGACGCCUAUCCGGUGGCCCGAGAGCCGCGAUGUGGUGUGGAAGUCAAACGUGCCGCACCCGUUCCUCGCUACCGAGAAGUCGGAUCAGCACUGGAUGGUCGUGGACGGUGACAAGAUCCGCUUCCCGGGCGGUGGCACGCACUUCCACGACGGUGCCGACAAGUACAUCCAGUCCGUCGGCAGGAUGCUCAAGAACGAGGACGGCGAUCUGUCGCUGGGCGGCAAGAUCCGUACAGUUUUGGAUAUCGGGUGCGGGGUGGCGUCGUUUGGCGCGUUCCUGCUGGACCAAGGCAUGAUCGCCAUGUCGGUGGCGCCCAACGACCGACAUGAGAAUCAGAUCCAGUUUGCGCUCGAGCGCGGCGUGCCCGCUUGGCUCGGCGUGCUGGGGACCAAGCGGUUGCCGUUCCCGUCGCGCGGGUUCGAUCUCGCGCACUGCUCGCGCUGCCGCAUCGACUGGGGCCAGAGAGACGGCGUGCUGCUGCUGGAGCUGGACCGUCUGUUGCGGCCCGGCGGGUACUGGGUGUGGUCCGCGCCCCCUGCGUACCGCGACGACGAGGAGAGCCGCACACUGUGGAAGCAAGUGACGGACGUGACCAUCAAGCUGUGCUGGACCCUGGAGGUGCGCGAGGCGCAGACGGCGAUAUUCCGCAAGCCCAAGAGCGGCACCUGCUACGCGGAGCGCCCCGAGGGCACGGUCCCCGCGCUGUGCGACGAGCGCGGGCGCAACGAGGCGAGCAGCACGUACAACGUCUCGCUCUCCACCUGCAUCGCCGCUCCUGCCACAGAUGACGCAGUGAGCGUGGCGCCGUGGCCGCGGCGGCUUAAGGCGCCGCCUCCUAGAGUGGCACUCACUGACGUGGGCACCAACGCGUACAAGAAGAUGAACAAGGUGUGGGCAGAGCGGGUGGACGCAUACUGGGCGCUCCUAGCGGACCGAGUCCAGCCAGACUCCAUCCGCAACGUGCUCGACAUGAAUGCAGGGCUGGGUGCCUUCGCAGCCGCACUCACCGCCUCCAAGCCGGUCUGGGUAAUGACAGCCAUCCCUCCCACAGACCAGCACGCACUCGAGGUUAUCUACGACCGGGGGCUUCUGGGCGUGUACCAUGACUGGUGUGAGGAGUUUUCCACUUAUCCCCGCACGUAUGACUUGCUGCACGCGCACAAGUUGCUGUCGCUGGUCACUGCGCGCCGCUGCUCCACGGACGAUCUGCUCCUGGAGAUGGAUCGAAUCAUGCGCCCGGGAGGGUUCCUGCUGCUGCGUGACGCCCCUGCGCUGCUUGCUCGUGUGACUGACCGUGCCUCGGCGCUCAGAUGGACGGUCCUGGAGGGUCCGCUGUCGCCUGCUGCUGAUGGCUUGCCCGGGGACGUGGAGGGCGAGGGGGAGGAGGAGGUGAUGGUGGUGCAGAAGGAUAUGGUUAGCAGCGCGAGCUCCGUCCGCGCGCACUCCCUCCCGUUGCGCGCGACAACUCCCCUUCCGCCGCCCACGCUCUCUCCCUCCCGCCACGUUCUCUCACUUCCCUCCUGUCGCGACAGUCCCCUCCGUCGCCCACGCUCACUCCUCCCCACCACGCACGCUCUCCCCCCAUCCAUCGCCCACGCUCACUGCCCGUACUCCGCACACGCUCACUUCCCUCCGUCGCCCAGGCUCACCCCCUGCCCCUCGCCUUCUCUCAUUCCCCUCCGUCGCCUAUGCUCCAUCCCCAUCCCUUCCCUCCCCAUCCCUCAUCUCCCCAUCCCUUCCCUCCCCAUCCCUCAUCUCCCCAUCCCUUCCCUCCCCAUCCCUCAUCUCCCCAUCCCGUCCCUCCCCAUCCCUCACCUCCCCAUCCCCGCCUCUCCAUCCCUUCCCUCUCCAUCCCUUCCCUCCCCAUCCCUCACCUCCCAGUCUCUCAACUUACCGUCCCUCUUCUCCCCAUCCCUCUUCUCCCCAUCCCUCUUCUCCCCAUCCCUCAUCCCCCCAUCCCGCAUCUCCCCAUCCCUUCCCUCUCCAUCCCUUCCCUCCCCAUCCCUCACCUCCCCAUCCCUCACCUCCCCAUCCCUCACCUCCCCAUCCCUUCCCUCCCCACCCCUCACCUCCCAGUCUCUCAUCUUACCGUCCCUCUUCUCCCCAUCCCUCUUCUCCCCAUCCCUUCCCUCUCCAUCCCUCACCUCACCAUUCCGUUUCAACCCAUUCCGCCCCACCCCAUUCCGCCCCACCCCAUUCCGCCCCACCCCAUUCCGCCCCACCCCAUUCCGCCUCACCCCAUUCCGCCCCACCUCAAUCCGCCCCACCCCAAUCCGCCCCACCCCAUUCCGCCCCACCCCAUUCCGCCCCACCCCCAUCUCCUCCUCACCCCAUCUCCUCCUCACCCCUCAUCCGUUGUGCUUUUCGGCACUAAGAAGCUUUUUGGGGAGGGGAGAUGCGGUUCCACCCCACCCCACUCCGCUCUCCCCCAUCUCCGCCCCACCCCACUACGCUCUUCCCCAUCUUCGCCUCACCCCACUCCGCCCUGGCCCACUCCGCCCCACCCCAUCUCAAGAGGCGAGGAGUGUGAGAGAGGCGAGCAGUGUGAGAGAGGCGGGGAGUGUGAGAGAGGCGAGGAGUGUGAGAGAGGCGACGAGUGUGAGAGAGGCGAGGAGUGUGAGAGAGGCGAGGAGUGGCGGAGGAGGAUUGGAUUAG